GUUUCUCCUCUCUAUUUGACUCAUAAAUCACAAUCAAAAUGGCAUAUCACUCUUCAUCCACCAACGAGGCCAUCCAAGCCGAGCAUGACUUCGCGGCCCACAACUACCAUCCGCUACCCAUAGUCUUUGCUCGCGCUCAAGGAACCUCCGUCUGGGACCCAGAAGGCCGUCACUACCUCGACUUCCUUUCGGCCUACUCUGCCGUCAACCAGGGUCACUGUCACCCCAGAUUGGUCGAAGCAUUAGUCGAACAGGCCUCGCGGUUGACUCUUAGUUCCCGCGCCUUCUACAAUGACGUUUUCCCCCGGUUUGCGGAGUUUGUCACCAAGUUCUUCGGUUUUGACAUGAUAUUGCCCAUGAACACUGGUGCGGAGGCUGUGGAGACUGGUAUCAAAGUCGCCCGGAAGUGGGGAUACAAGGUUAAGGGCAUUCCGGAGAACCAGGCCGUUGUCUUGAGUGCGGAGAACAACUUCCACGGUCGAACAUUCGCUGCCAUCUCUCUCUCCUCAGACCCCGAAUCUCGUGAGAACUACGGCCCAUAUCUCCCCAACAUCGGCUGUACCAUCCCCGGAACUGAUAAGCCUAUCGCGUACAACGACAAGGCCGCCUUGCGUGAGGCAUUCGAGAAGGCCGGUCCCACACUGGCCGCUUUCCUGGUCGAGCCUAUUCAAGGAGAAGCCGGUAUCGUCGUUCCCGAUGAUGACUACCUACGCGAAGCCCGCGCUCUGUGCGACAAGUACAACGUGCUCUUGAUCUGCGACGAGAUCCAAACCGGAAUCGCCCGAACAGGAAAACUCUUGUGCCACGAAUGGAGCGGUAUCAAGCCUGACCUGGUGCUGCUGGGCAAGGCCAUCUCCGGCGGAAUGUACCCUGUGUCCUGUGUCUUGGGCCGCAAAGACGUCAUGCUGACUAUCGAGCCUGGUACGCACGGGUCGACCUAUGGUGGCAACCCGUUGGGAUGCGCAGUGGCUAUUCGUGCGCUUGAGGUUGUACGGGAUGAGCAGAUGGUCGAAAAGGCGGAGCGAUUGGGCCACGUCUUCCGCAGCGGCCUGCAGGCCAUUCAAAGUCCGAUUAUCCAACUGGUGCGCGGCAAGGGGUUGCUCAACGCUAUUAUUAUUGACGAGUCGAAAACUAACGGACAUUCCGCCUGGGAAUUGUGCAUGCUGAUGAAGGAGAAAGGUCUUUUGGCCAAACCAACCCACCAAAAUAUCAUCCGUCUGGCACCGCCCCUUGUCAUUACGGAAGAAGAGAUCCAGAAGGCUCUGAAGAUCAUCGAAGAAUCCGUAAACGAACUUCCCAAUCUCAGAGGUCCCGCUGAAGACAAGGUCGUCCCUCCUCCAGAGAGAGAUGUGAAGAUUGCACUUGAGAACUAAGCGGCGUGAAUACGGUGGAGGGACAGGAACAUUGUAUAUCCUUAGCAGCUGGACCUAUCUACAGGCUGUAUGCUAACUACGAGCAUCUCGACCGGGGAUGAAACCUGGCUUGCCCUCAUCGACUCCGGGUCGAGUGAUAUGCCAUGAUUGCAUGAGCAACGACAGUAUGAAUAUCAGACUAUAGAAUGAAUCGAGUCCUAAAGCAUUCAAGGCAUCAUUUGCGAAGCUGUAACUGCCUAGUAUUAAAACAUCAUUAUGUUCGUAUUGUAUACAAAUUCUUGUCUCUGUCUCUCGCAAAUUUCCCACUCCUUGUCUGCGGGUUUGGACCAUUUUAGCGGUUGAAACCCCACCUCUUCUCAGCCAAAGACUUCA